AGUGGGUUUUUUGUAUAAAAAAAAAAUUUUCCUCAACGUAAACUUCCUGUAGCUAUUGCUUAAGAUCGAUGCAAAUGGCGAACUAUCUUCUCUGAUCUACUCAUUAUAGCAUAAAUCUACAUAGCUGGUAUACAUCUCCGAACCGGAAAAUAAGUAAAACAGAACUUCCUUAUCAUUCAUUACUAGGACGUGGUCGGUACAUAAAACAAAAUGCAAACAACAUAUUUGUUUCUCUUCCUUGUCCUGCCAGAAGGUAUCAUCUCACUGAGUGUGUUAACGCAGUCGGAAUUAUUUGUGAACGUCGACUCAAAUGCAUCCAUUGUAUUAAACUGUACGUAUGUCACGCAAAAAGGUGAGGACAUCUCUUAUAUACAAUGGAAGAAAAGAAAUGGAAGUAAGUACAUUGUGUUAGCAGAAUUCUACCCUGAUAGCAGUGCAGAUUUAUCCAAAUUUGGAGAUUAUUUGAAGAAUAGAUCUCAUCUUGUCAAUCCCGGAAAUGGAUCUACUAGUGCUAUCCUAAACAUCAAUGACAUCAGAUGCGAGGAUGACGGAUUUUACCAAUGUUACGUGUGGUACAAACCUCAGAAUACUGGUGCAACUGGCACUACACGGGAAACAGAUGUUAUUUUUGAAGUGGAUGCAGAAAUUCCAACCAAAUUCAUGUUGCGCCCAAACAACAGCCUAGAUGAAAAUGACAUGGUGAACUUGUCUUGUAAUGCAAAUGUUGGAAACCCAAAUGGCUCCAUUGCAAUAUGGAGAAUGGAUAAGGUAUCAAAUAUACCAAUAUUGCUGAAUGAAACAAAUUCAGUAAUUAAAAUGGAGAAUUGUACGACUAUCGUCAGGAUCACGCUAACGUAUAUCGUUUCUCGAUAUGACAACGGUGUGUUUUUCAGUUGUUCUUCACAAAACAGACAAACACAGAGACCGGCACCAAGCAGAAACACAAGUGCAAUAGAAGUCUUUUAUGUUCCAAGUAAACCAAGGAUUUUGUUGACACCAAAUAAGACACUGUAUGUUGGGGACGGACUACAGUUAACCUGUGUAUCUGAUGGUAAUCCAUCCCCGACGAUCAAAUGGAUAUUUCAUCCUGAUAACUGUGUAAAUAGUACAGAACCUCUUCUGUCGUCUAAUGGAACUCUGAAAAUAUACCAACUCAAACUUGAAGAUUCUGGUGCUUUUUGUUGUUUGGCAUCAAAUGCGUAUGGGGAAAAUUACCAAUCUAUCUCCCAGAUAAAUAUAAAAGUAUUGGAUACAUUUAUCAACAAACCCACAUGUGCUGCUAGUCCUUGUGGUAUAACUGAAACCUGCAACGAAACGCAUGGCAAGGUUGUGUGUACAGUAAACAAUUGGGUGGCAGUUGCUUUCGUUUUCGUACUUUUAGCGACAGGGUUUUGCACAACAACCAUAGUGUUACUUUGUCGCCAUAGACAGUUUAAUAAGAAAGCUGCUAACGAUGAGGAAUAUGAAGCAAUUAGCAGCAAUCGCCAGUUACAGGAGAGGGAUACUGAGAACGCAAGAUAUGAAGCAUUGAACAUAGCGGCACAAACCAGUACAUGAUAGAGCCCGUGAACACUCUUCUAUGCCUUGCUUACUGCUUACACGAAAUCCAAUGCAUAUUGCAAUGAAAAAAAAUCACCUUUCGCACUGAAUUCGUUGUUAACCCGGAUAUGGUAAAUGAAUACUGAGAAUAG